AUGAAUUUACUUCGUUUAAUGUUCACAUUUCACAAAGCGAGAAGAUAUGCAAAGUCAAAAGCAGAGCCAGCCUUUCAAAUAUUUCGAAAACAUCCAAUAACACGCGGAAUGGCUUCAUAUUUAUUUAUCUGGCCAUUUGGCAACACAAUCCAACAGAUCAUGUCAGAUCAGGAGAAGUUUGAUUAUUGGAAAAUUGUUCGUUUUGGUAUUUAUGGUGCACUCAUUACCGCGCCUUCACUCUAUGCUUGGGUGAAAAUUUCAACUGCUAUGUAUCCAAAUGCAAAUUUAAGAAUUGCUUGCGCGAAAGCGUUGAUUGAACAAAUUACCUACACACCAUUCGCAAUGACGACUUUCUUCUUCAGUAUGACUUGGUUGGAAACUUUCUCAGCCGCUGAAGCGUGGGCGGAAGUGAAAACAAAGUUCAUUCCUUCUUAUUGCAUUGCAAUCACAAUCUGGCCAGUGAUUGGGACAAUAAAUUUCGCGUUCAUUCCCGAACGAAAUCGUGUAUUGUUCGUGUCAUGUUUCUCAUUACUUUGGACGGUUUAUCUUGCACAUGUGAAGAACCUUGAAAGAGAUAAAAUGAUGUUGACAAAUAAAACGAAAGAAUUGGAGAAUGAAAAAUAAAAUUAAGUUUGAUGAAAAUAAA